AUGAAUCCUUGGCUCCAUCUCCUUCACUUUGUGCUGGCCCUUGCCUUCUGCAGCACUGCUCCAGCAGAAGCCUUUGCUUACCUGGCUUACAAUGACAGCUCCCAGUGUGUUGCCUACAAAGCCCAACCUGCAUGCUUUGGGCCACAGCUGCCAGCAGAAGAGCUGACAGCCUACGUGACGGAGGUGAGGCCACCCAACGCUUGCCGUGCCAUAGAGAAUCCUCCAGCACCAAGAACAGCCUCUGACAUCUCUGUUGCCCUCAUAAAGGCAGAGGAGUGCUCUUUUGUGCAGAAGGUCCUGCAUGCCCAGCAGGCUGGGUACCAAAUCGCUGUGGUGCACAGCCUGGGCUCGGAGCAGCUGAUCACCAUGAAGGCUGAGGACAAAGAGAUCCAGCAGCUGGUGAGGAUCCCAUCGCUCUUCGCCGGACAGUCGCUCUCCCUGCACUUGCAAAGGGUUCUGCAGUGCAAGGGAGGGGAAUACAUCAAACUCCUGCCACCCAAACGUGGCUUGAGUCCUUGUGAAGACAGUGCCAAGGUGCUGCAGGAGAAGCAGGACUCCUGGAUCAGGUUCUGCGGGGUGGGCGCUGCCGUCUCGGUCGUGGCUGGCUUGGUGUGGUACCAGAGAGCUCACAAGGCAAAGCAGCACACUUCCAGGCAGGGAGAUCAACACAAGGCCUGUGUGCUCUGCAUGGCAAAGUACAAGAAAUGGGACCCCCUGAAGAUCCAGACCCUGUCCCCUUCCCACACGGUGACCUCGGUGUCUGAGCAUUCGGAGGGGGGCAUGGAAAGGGAGCUGAAGAAAGAUGUGAGCACAGUGGGAGGGGAGUUGCUUGGUGCACUGGAGACCCUUUGA